AUGACGAGCAGAGUUGGUACUAGUUUUUAUAGUCAGAUAACCUUUCCCAUUUGGUACAAUAAUCAUUAUACUCAGAUGGUUUUCAAUUUUAUUCCUGGUAUUACUCAACGUAUAGAUUGGAUAAACAAUAGGACCGACAUUGAUCGAAGUCAUUUGGAUGGAAUAGAUAAAUAUUUGGCUGAUGCUAUUGGUAGAAGAGAUUAUCAAUUAUUUGGGGACUCAUUAUCUUUUGAUUCUACCUAUGAUACAAAUAAAUAUUCAUUGGUUUUCUGUCCUUUUACUGGUGUUAAUAAUCACAAGAGAUGUGUUACAUUUUGUGCUGCUCUAUUAUCUAAAGAAGACAGAAUCUUUUAUGUGGUUGUUUCAAACUUUUUUGAAGUGCAUGGGAAGAGAACCCUCUUUGUAAGUGCAGUAGUUUGGGAUAGAGAAAUUGAUCUUCAUGUAUUUGUUGAUGGAUGGAAUAGUGUAAUGGAGGAGUUUGACCUUAUCGAUCAUGAGUGGUUUGCAUACAUGUUCAAAAUUAAACAUCUUUGGAUUCGUACAUAUUUUAGGGACUUAUAUAUGGGUGGUUUACUGCAUUCUACUUCUAGGCCUGAAGCUCUUGAUGCUCAAAGGCAUGAACAGGAUGAUUUGAUCAGGCUUAACAAACUUGAGCCUCAAUUGGUUACUCAUUUACACUUGGAAAAGCACGCUACAGUUGUUCAUAAUCAUGCCAUAUUUUAUGAUUUUCAAGAAGAAUGUGAGGGAGCCUGUUUUUCAUGUGGUGUUGAAAGUUGUAGUUCUCUAUAUGGAGAUGGUGUGGAGUUUUCUGUUAUUAUUGUUCAUGAAAAAAGUAAAAAUUUUGAUGUAACUUUUGACUUGGCCACAUAUGAGUCAAGUUGUACUUGUAGAAUGUUUGAGAGUCAAGGCAUUUUAUGUAGACACAUUCUGUUUGUUAUGAAAGACAAGUGUAUACGUGAAAUUCCCGAUUCUUAUAUCUUGAAUCGUUGGAGAAAAGAUGUUCUAAAGAAAGCUUAUGUCACAAAUGCUGCUCUGGAUGACGCUUCUAAGUAUUAUAAGAAGAAGCAAUUGAUGAUAUCAAAGAAUAAUCCUGAAAAUGCACCUAGUUCAAAAGAGGUGAAAGAUGCUGAUAUUCAGGUUUUGGUUGGGUCAAAUGAAGUAGAUGUAAAUAUCUUGCGUCAAAAUCAGUGUCUUAAAUAA